AUGAAGAGACAUUUAAAUCAUGGAAAAUUAUAUUUUCUUUUAGGAUUUGUUGAUUAUCUUCAACCAAUGAUGGAACAACUUACUAAAAAUUAUAAGGAGAAUCAAUCUAGAAUAGCAGUAGAUUUAUCUUUUAUUGAGCCUCAACAAACUAAUAAUAAUUUUUCUGAACUGGAUAUUAUUAAUUCUGAAUUGCAAUUGACAACCCAAGAACUUGAAGCCUAUAAUAAUUUUUUUGAAUUUACAAUCCAAGAACCUGAACAAGUCAAUAAUAAUUCUUUUGAAUUAAUCCAAGCCAAUAACAAUUCUGAAUCAACUAUUAUUUUAUCUGAAUUACAAUUAGAACAAGAUAAUAACAAUUUUUCUAAAUCAAUUAUUAUUACUUCUGAAUUACAAACACAAGAAUCUUCUGAUGAUCUAGAAUUUGCUCGCAGAUUACAUUCUGCGCGCCAAUAUGUUUUGAAUAUUAUUAGAAAUUAA